CCCUUCUUUGGAGGGUCCCUGACAGCUUGCCAGGUCAUUUCAGGAAUGAGGAGGGAGGGAGGAUCCAUCCGAAGUGGCCCUCCGCCCUCCCUCCCUCGGCUCUCUUUCCUCCUUUGCAGCAGGACUCCAGACCGGAGGUGGGAACGAAACCUGUGAGAACAAAAGCCGGAGCAAGAAGGAGCAGCACCAGCAGCAGCAGGACAGAGAAGGAAUUUCCCUGGAUCUUUGUCCUUCAUGGGAGUUUCAAAAAUGUCCAGAGUCAGCCAAGGCCCCGGAAGGGAGGAAUCUGAACUCAGGAUUGUCCUUGUUGGAAAGACCGGAGGCGGGAAGAGCGCUACAGGAAACACCCUUCUUGGCCGGAAGGCGUUUGAGUCCGUGGCGGCACUGAGGACGACCACGCUCAGGUGCCAACGAGAGACACAGAGGUGGAGAGACUUGGACCUUUCUGUGAUCGACACUCCAGCCCUUUGUGACCCAGACACACCCAGUACGAUCCUGCUGCCGGAGAUCAGGCGCUGCAUUGACCUCUCCAGGCCCGGCCCUCAUGCCUUGGUGUUUGUGACCCAGGUGGGCCGCUUCACGGCAGAAGACCAGGAUGCAGCAAAUCAAGUCCGGGUUGUGUUUGGGGAAUGGGCCUCCAGGCACAUGGUCAUCCUCUUCACCCGCAAGGAGGAUUUAGGGGGGGAUUCCUUGGAAAACUAUGUGUGGGGCUCAGAUAAUAAGGCUCUCCAGGGGCUAAUUCGGAAGUGUGGGCGGCGCAUGUGUGCUUUCAAUAACAGGGCAUCUGGGGAGGAACGGGAGAGGCAGGUCUCUGAGUUGAUGGAGAUAGUCCAGCGAAUGGUGGUGGAGGAGGGAGGGAGGCAUCUCUCCAAUAGGCUCUACUUGGAGCCGGUCUUGACAGAUGAAAAGAUUCGAGCGUUCAUGGCAGAGAAUGGAGGUACCAGGCCAAAGCCAAGGGGAGGUUGGAAUUUGGGAAGACCGUGGCUGAAAAAAGGGCUGUUUACUUUUGGUGUUUGUGCUUUCGCCAUUGGCUUGGUUGUACUAAUCAUUCAUUUGGCGAAAGGAAUAAGACUUUUCUGCUUCUGGAUGGCCCAUGAGGUCUCGUCCAUAGGAGUCUAUGAUUCUAUGUCUUUCACUUCUGUGUGUGUUUCUUUGCACAGGAAUUUCCCUGGAUCUUUGUCCUUCAUGGGAGUUUCAAAAAUGUCCAGAGUCAGCCAAGGCCCCGGAAGGGAGGAAUCUGAACUCAGGAUUAUCCUUGUUGGAAAGACCGGAGGCGGGAAGAGCGCUACAGGAAACACCCUUCUUGGCCGGAAGGCGUUUGAGUCCGUGGCGGCACUGAGGACGACCACGCUCAGGUGCCAACGAGAGACACAGAGGUGGAGAGACUUGGACCUUUCUGUGAUUGACACUCCAGCCCUUUGUGACCCAGACACACCCAGUACGAUCCUGCUGCCGGAGAUCAGGCGCUGCAUUGACCUCUCCAGGCCCGGCCCUCAUGCCUUGGUGUUUGUGACCCAGGUGGGCCGCUUCACGGCAGAAGACCAGGAUGCAGCAAAUCAAGUCCGGGUUGUGUUUGGGGAAUGGGCCUCCAGGCACAUGGUCAUCCUCUUCACCCGCAAGGAGGAUUUAGGGGGGGAUUCCUUGGAGAACUAUGUGUGGGGCUCAGAUAAUAAGGCUCUCCAUGGGCUAAUCGGAAGCAUGUGUGCUUUCAAUAACAGGGCAUCUGGGGAGGAACGGGAGAGGCAGGUCUCUGAGCUGAUGGAGAUAGUCCAGCGCAUGGUGGAGAAGGAGGGAGGGAGGCAUUACUCCAAUAGGCUCUACUUGGAGCCGGUCUUGACAGAUGAAAAGAUUCAAGCGUUCAUGGCAGAGAAUGGAGGUACCAGGCCAAAGCCAAGGGGAGGUUGGAAUUUGGAGAGAACUUGGCUGAAAAAAGGGCUUUGUUUUUUUGGUGGCUGUGCUUUAGUCAUUGGCUUGGUUGUACUGAUCAUUCAUUUGGCGAAAGGUAAUCAACAUACAUUAUCUUCUUUCCAAAACAACUCAGUAAACAGCUCAGGCUCUUUCUAAGCUUGUUGUUUCUCAUAGGGUACAUCUGCGCUGUAAAAUUAAUGCAGUUUGACACCCCUUUGCCGACCAUGACUCAGUUCUAUGGAAUCUUGGGAGUUGUGGUUUGGUGAGGCGCUGCACUCUUUUGCAGAGAAGGCUGAAGACCUCAUAGAACUACAGCUCCCAGGAUUCCAUAGUGUUGAGCAAAAGCAAUGAAAGAAGUACAAAGCGGCAUUAAUUCUACAAUGCAACCUUAGUUGCAAUAAGAGCAACAGUGGUGGCAACACAUUGGCUAUAACAGGC